GGGCAAGCGGCGACGCACAGAGCAACAGCAUGAGCGACAACGAAGACGAAAGCAUGUCCGAGCACGAGCUCCUUCGGACGCUCCGCGCGCUCUCGCAGCAGACGACGGACCUGCCGCAGGCGCUCCGAGGCCUGCUGGGGCAACUGGGCACGGAUCUACCGAUCUUUGGCCUGAACCCGCAAUACUGCGACUUGCUCGAGCGCAUCAAGCCCGGAAGCCCCGUCAAUGUCCAAACGGCGAGCCUCGCGGACCUCGUCGAGAUGCUCUCGAUGACAACGGAGGAGAUGUUGACGAUCGCGGGCUUUGACCUGCAGGCAUUUGUCCCGGUGCUCGCGGCCCUCAUUCAGUCGCCCGCGACCAUUGACGUGCUGCUCCACGCCUCGCGGGCCCUCGCCGGGCUCCUCGACAUGUACACGUCGCCGACCGUGCUGGACCUUGCGCUGCAGUCAGACGUUGUCGCGAGUCUCUGCGAGAAGCUUCUCAACAUGGAGUACAUGGACGUGGCCGAGAUUGCGCUGCGCAUGCUCGAGCGCAUUGCGACAUCGACGGCCGACGGCGUCCGGUCCCUCGUCCUCGAGGAGAAUGCGCUUGUGGCGCUGCUCCAGUUUGUCGACUUCUUUUCCACCGACGUCCAGCGCGGCGCGGCGCGUACAGCGGCGCUCCUCUGCACGGCCGUCCCCGAUGCGUCCUGGACGCACGUCGAAGCCGCGCUCCCGCUCUUGCACAACCUCACGAAAUCGUACGACGCGCAGAUCGUCGGCUCGGGCUGCGAAGCGCUCCAGCGGCUCUGUGACAGCCCGUGCGUGCAGGCGACGCCGUCGCUGCUCGAUCUUGUCGUCGAUCCGCCGCUUGAAGCCUACCUCCUGGAGCAGCUCGUCACGUAUACGCAGGCGCGGCGGCCCGACAAUUUGGCGCCAACGACGUACGCGUCCCUCUUGCACCUUUUUGGCGCCAUGUGCCACUUGCGCGAGUCCUCCUCGACUGUGUCGAACGCAGCCGUGCGCGCCGUGCUCCUGGCCGUGCUCUCGUCGCCUGCGUCGUCGCAGCUCGUCGACGAAGCGCUCUUCUUCGUUGGCGCAAUCUUGCCGGCGGCGCAUGCCUCGUCGGCGUACGUCGAGGCCGUCUCUGGCCUCGUCGAGGCCGUUUUGCCCUCCCUCUUUGCGUCCUACGACGCGACGCACGACGCCAAGUACCUCGGGCAACUCCACGUGCUCGUGACGUUCCUUUCGCACGGCGUCUUGCGGCACGACCGUCUUAUCUGCCAUUUUGUGGCAGCCAGCGUCCAGCGCAACGACCCGAACGAGAUGGCGCUGGCCGAAGCGCUCCUUGUGCUCGCCAUGACGCAUGCGCCGUCCGUCUAUGCACCGGUAUUCGUCCGCGACGGCGUCGUCGAAGCCCUCGCGGCCAACCCGACGUACGCGCCGCUCGUCACCACAUUGUUUGCGUCCGCACCCACGACAAGUGCCGUCCUGGAUGCGCUCCGCCACAUUGUCAGCAUGGACAAUGCCGACGCGGCAUGGCAGCACCUGCAUACGCUCCUCGCCAAGGAGACUCCGACACCGUACGAGCUCCGGGCCAGCGGGCUCGUGCCCUCGCUUCUGACGCGCCUACCGUCGUCGGCGGCCGCGUUUACGCAGUGGCCCCUUCUGGCGUCGGUGCUCCGCGAUGCGAUUGGUGUCGAGGUCCAGAACCUCCAGGUGAGCAACGAUGCGACUCUGACGGGCCUCGGCUCGACGCUUCCGAUGGUGGAGCUUCUCGGCCAGCACCUCAAAAUGCGUCUGCGGGCCGAGUCGUCGACCAAACCGCUCGACGCUGUCGUGCUUGUCGAGCCCCUCGCGCGCAUCGAGACGCUGGAGGAGUUUGUGGCGGACAAGGUCUUUGGCAAGGCCGAUCCCGUCCGAGCAGAGGACGCCUCGACCAACGACGACGAGCCCGACACCUUUGGCCCCAAGCCACCCUCGCGCAUGCAAGUGCUACUCGGCGGCAAACCCGUGUCGUCCGAGUGGACCGUCAUCGAGGCGCUUGUGCGCUCGGCGCCGCGCGGGUCGCCCGUCGACGUUGGCGCGCUCUGGCAAGCGCCGCAAGUGCUCGCGUUUGUACCCCGUGGUGCGACGGACGGGGAUAGUGUCGAUGCCAUCGAUGCUAUGUCCGAGACGCCGGCAGCAGAAAAUACCGCGACGACGUCAAGCCUCUGGGCGUACUUGGACUUGCUUGCGGUGCUUGCAAAGGAGGCACCGACCGUCGACGUGGCGCAGCCGGCGGUCGCGGCGUACGUUGACAUGUGUCUCCUGCAGCCGAUGCGCGUCGUGCUCCAGCUGCUCCCGUGGAGCUGCCGCCGCAUCGUGAACGACUACGCCUUUAUCUUGCCGCGGGAGACGAAACUGCACUACCUCUACGGGACCCGGUUCGGGCCCGCCCGCGCGCUGCAGUACCUCGGACGGACGCUCUGGAAGCGCGCGGUGCGCCGGCCAUCGGGGUCGCCCGACACUGCGCUCUCGACGGCCAUCUCUCGGGUCGCCAAACUGCCGCGUCUCAAAGUCCGCGUCGCCCGCGCCAAGCUCCUCGCAUCGGCCAGCAAGCUCCUGCACGCGUACGGCGGCAUGAAGGCGAUCAUCGAGAUCGAGUACCUCGGUGAAGUCGGCACCGGUCUCGGCCCGACGACCGAGUUCUUCUCGCUCGUGUCGCGCGAAGUCCAGGCGCAGCACCUCCGCCUCUGGCGCCACGACGGCCCGAUGACCGAGCGCAAGGUCAGCAUCGACGACGACAAGGCGCUCACUGCGCACGCGAUGCCCGUGCGCGGCUACCACCGCAUCGCGGUCUUGCACUGCCCUUCCUGCGCCGUCGUGAGCUUUCCGCACUGCACGAACUGCAAGAGUCUUUGUACCGGCAACGAUGGGGUCUGUGCGAGCUGUGACGCGCCGCCGUCAAUGACGUGUGCCACUUCGAGUUGCGAGGCCAAGGAGAUGACGCUUUCGUUCUGGAUUUUGAGCAACGACGAAGUGGCGUACCUGGCGCGUGCGUACCCGCGGCAGAAGGCGAGCAUCCGCCACCCUGUGCUCAAGUGCAGCCACUGCCAUACGGUGAGCUUCCCGGGCACCGACUCUGGCAUCGUCGUCCUCAACGGUGACCGCAUGGUGUCGCGGUCGGGCCGCCGGAUGUACGAGCGCGACUACCGCGCCGUAACCAAGCACGUGUCGGCGCUCUGCGAAGGCACGCCGCUCAGGCAGAUCAACGUACAACUGGACAAGUCGGCGGUCGAUGUCCUCGUCGCCCUUGGUCCGACGACGCCCGAAGUGCUCGACACGCAAGUCGACGGCCUCGGCAUUGACGCGUCGUUCAACGCAGAUGUGUCCAUGGUACAUGCGCCGCAAGGUCUGUACCCGGCGCCGCUGCCGUCCAGUGACGAGCACAAGGCGACCGUCCUUGGCUGGUUUACGUUUUUGGGCAAGCUCGUGGCGCAGGCCCUCUUGGACGAACGGCUGCUCGACCUGCCGCUGGCACGACCUUUUGUACUAGCGCUACUUGGUGAGUCGCUAGUGGGCGAUAUCGACGCGGCGCUGGCUCAUGCCCGGGCGGUGGACCCUGCGAUUGGCGCGUCGCUGGACUAUCUGCACACCCACCGCGACGACCCAGCGAUCGACGAAAUGGGCCUGAGCUUUGUGCUACUGGGUAACGCCGACGUGGAACUAUGCGAAGGCGGCGCCGCCGUGGCGGUGACCCGGGGCAAUGUGGCCGAGUUUGUGCGCGCCAGCCUCGAGAUGCUUCUGGAAUCGUCGAUCCACGACCAAGUCGCGGCCUUCCGCGCGGGCUUUGGCAGUCUCGUGCCAAUGGACGCGCUCUACUGCUUGUCGGCCGACGAUUGGCUCGCGCUCCUCUCGGACCCGACGACGGAGCUCUGGCCCGGCGGCGCCGACGAGCUCCAAGCGCACAUGGUGUGCGACCACGGCUACACUAGCGAGAGCCGAGCCAUCCGCUGGCUCGUCCAAGUGCUCACGGAGCUGACGCCGGACGACCAGCGGCUCUUUGUGCGCUUCGUCACGGGGUCGCAUCGCCUGCCGCUCGGUGGGCUUGGAAAGCUCUCGCCAACGCUGACGGUCGUGCGCAAGCUGAGCCCGGACGAGUCGUCUGCGAGCGACGAGAUGCUGCCGUCGGCCUCGACGUGCACCAACUACCUCAAGCUACCCGACUACAGCUCGAUCGACAUUUUGCGCUCCAAACUUCUGUACUGCAUCCGCGAAGGCCAGCUGAGCUUCCACCUCUCCUAGUUGCGUGGUAUACAUAUUUGUUUUUGGCUCG